GUCUGAGCGACUUCUGAUUGGUCGAUUUCCGUUUCCGGUGGCAGCGCUCCUCUUUUGAAAAGUGUUCCGUUGGAUGUCGAGGCGGAGGGUCGACCGCCAUUGUUAAAAAGACGGCGUCCACAAUGUUGCUAAACGUCCAACUCGGACAAUAACAAAAGGUUUCUGUUGUAGGACCGCGAGAAAUAAGACCGGUGAGCAUUUACGAAACAUUCAUAUUGGAUUCGUUGAAGCAGCGACUGACCGCAGGCCUUUUGUAUUUGAGAGGGCGACAUGGCUCAGCGUGCGGCGGUAGCAGAUGGAGGCAACAAGAAGACCUCCAGGGUCCGGGUGGCGGUUCGUCUGCGCCCCUACGUGGGCAAGCAGGACGAGAGAAGCGAGGGCCCGUGUGUGAAGGGCCUGGACGCCCAGAACCUGGAGAUAAUCAACUGGAGAAAUGCCACGGAAACGGUCAAAUACCAUUUUGACGUUUAUCACGACGAGCAGACGACGCAGCAGGAGGUCUUCCUCUCGUCAGUGAAGCCCAUCCUACCACACAUCCUGAGUGGACAGAACGCCAGUGUGUUUGCCUACGGCCCAACAGGAGCAGGUAAGACUCACACCAUGCUGGGCAGUUCAGAGCAGCCAGGUGUGAUCCCCCGAGCUGUUCGCGAGGUCUUCAAUCUGGUCAAAGCGAAGGAUGAGGACGAAGGAUGGGACUACAGCAUUGGCAUGUCUUACUUGGAAAUUUACAACGAGAAGGUGCUUGAUCUUCUCUCGCUGAGCUCCCAGGACCUGCCAAUCAGAGAGGACAGGGACAAGAACAUCCUCAUACCCGGCCUUACUCACACAACGAUCUCCUCCUUCUCGGAAUUUGACAAACACUUUGUCCCUGCCAGCCUCAAUCGUACUACAGCUUCUACCAAACUCAACGAGCGCUCCAGCCGCAGCCAUGCUAUUCUCCUCAUCAAGGUUGUACGGACUCAGCGUGCCUUUCCUCAUCGACAACAGACUGGCAAGCUGUACUUGGUAGACCUGGCUGGAUCUGAGGACAACCGCCGCACCGGCAACCGGGGCAUUCGUCUGAAGGAGAGCGGUGCAAUCAACCUGUCUCUCUUCACUCUGAGCAAAGUGGUGGAUUCUCUGAACUCUGGCACUGCUGUGCGUGUACCAUACAGAGACAGUAAACUGACACGGCUGCUGCAGGACUCUUUGGGUGGCUCCGCGCACUCUCUCAUGAUCACCAACAUUGCGCCGGAGUACAAGUAUUACUUUGAUACAUUUAGUGCACUCAACUUUGCCGCCAAAUCUAAGCUCAUUGUGAACAAGCCCUUCACCCGAGAAACUGUUGCCGUGCCCGUGCUGCCAGUGAAGCGGGCCAGAGAGGACCACGAGGCAGGGAGGUCUGGCACUGAGCCACAGAAGAAAAAGCAGAAAGACGAGAAGAAAACUGAACAGGAUGGUUCCUCACCCUCUGCACAUUAUCACAGUCUGUCAGAACCGUCGGUGAUGGACAGACUAAUCGCUCUGGAGAAGCUGAUGAUGAGCUGCCAAGACAAAGACAGAACCAGCAUGCUUAAAGAUGUGGCUCAGUCUCGCAAGGAGAUCCAGGAGCUAAAAGAGAAGCAGAAGGAGUUUGAGAGCAAGACCCUGCUAUUGAGUCAGUUGGCUGGAGAAAAGCAUGGCACCAAACAGGAGCCAGCCUUCAGGAACAACACAGCUCCUCUUCACAGAAAACCGUCAAAUGCUACGAAACCCAACAAGCAGCAGGCUGUGGUCCAACCCUUACAAGUGUCCCAGCUUCAACCUCUUCAGCAGCUUGCAGUUGUCAAGAAACAGUCGGUCUGCGUCAAGAGGAAGCAGCUUCCAGACCAGGUUGAGCUUCCAGGUGGGAAAGAAAAUAUAAUGGAGACUAACUGGGAGUCUCAACUCGACACAUCUGUGCUGGAUCAGUCCAGGCAGAAGAUCCUGCAGGUUCUGAACACCGGCGCCCUCAAGGAGCUGAAGGGUCUGCAGCAGAUCGGCGACAAGAAGGCAAAGCUCAUCCUUGGAUGGAGGGAGAUCCACGGUCACUUCACAAAGUUGGAAGAUCUGGUAAAAGUUGAGGGUAUGUCAGAAAAGAGAUUCUCCACAUUCAUGAAGGCGAACAUCCUGAGUGUCAUGGGGAAAUGAUUUUUUUAUUUUAUUUUUAAAUAAACAUCCACGUUUUUAAUAAUGUAUAUAAUGUUUUACCUCCAGAAGCUUUUAUGUGUCAUUUAUUCUUGAUUUUGUGUUUUUGUAGUUACAAUUGUUCUCCAGCUGGCGGCGCAAUAAUGCUUUUUUUUUUUUUUUUAAAUAAACGUCUCAUGUCAUUGAA